AUGUCAUCAAGAAAAGUAAUAAAAUAUUCAUCAUGGAUAUUUUUAAAUAUAUCAUUUGUUAUAUGGUUAAUUUUUUUUUUAAUGAGAAUAUCAGGUAAACUAACUUCUUGGAGUUGGAUAAGAAUAUUUUCACCAUUAUAUGUAACAUUUAUUUUAUUAAUAUUCUUUGCAGGAUCAUCAGCAUUGAAAUCAUCAGAUAUUGGAUAUUUUAUUUGGUCAAUAUUAUCAACAUGUUCAUUAGGUAUAUUUGUAGUUUUAGUAUCGGUUAAAUUAAAUUCACCAUCAGAUACAGAUGUAAAUUUAUUUUAUGUUUUAAUACCAUUAUGGGUAUUCUUAGGAUUAGCAAUGUUAUUAAGAAACGACUCAAGAAAUGAUAAUGGAAAACAAAAGAAUUAUAGAACCAAAGGUUUUAAAAAGAAUUUUAGAAUCUUUUAUCCAAGUUUUAUAGUUUACUUUACAAUUUAUACGAUUUUAGAAUUAAUUUCUCAAACAACUUAUUUAUUAUCAUGGUCAAUUAAAUUCAUUCCUUUCUUUAUUUUCAUUGGUACAAAUAUUUUGGUUUUACUUACAAAAUUAAAUGAACCUGGUUUCGACAUGACUGUAACUGGUUUGGUUUGUGCUUUCUUAAUAUUACUAUACCUUUAUUUAAUUGGUAAAAUUGGUCAUAUUGCAAUUCCAUUCAUACCAAUUUAUAUUAUUGUACCAAUUGCUUUUAUUUUAGGUUUUUUCAUAUAA